AUGGAUCAGAACUGGCAGCCUUACACGGAUGUGGCAGCAGCGAGCCGACAGGGACGAUACCCACAAACAACAGGACAGCAACCAGCGAAUGGUUCGGCGCAGCAUCAGCCGCAGUCUGGAUAUAGCUAUGAAGCUUAUCAAACUCCUUCGGUACCUUCUCAACCACAGUCAAUGGCUGUGUCGCCUAUCGGGACUCCUCGUACGCGUGCCUAUUCUGGAGACGGAGAUGUUGCAAUGGAAGAUGCGGAUCCCUACAAUAGGAUGAAGUACCCUUCAAGGCCUACUCAUUCGCAACGCCCCUCUUCACAGUACUUGGGACAAGAGGAUUCUUCCGCCGCAAGGAGGUAUUCACCAAUGAAGGCACUCUCACCUUCUUCACCUUACGCUCCGAGCUCCCAGCAAUCGAGUCAAAGCCCAUAUGGACACUAUCCAUCACAAAGCACUUCGGCGCGACAAUCCCCAACGCGCUCGAACCACUACUCUACUCCAUCUCAAUCGUACUAUUCGACACCCACAUCUUCUAGGCAACCACCCUUACAGCUUCCUCCCAUCCACCCAAAUUCUGACACCACUGACCAAUUCUAUCCGAACUCUGCAACAGCGCAAUUGAAUGCUGUUUUCGGCCGGGAGACAAAGUCACCGCGGCAAAUGCGGCCAGUCCACCCUGGCACGGCAGACAUGCCACGAGGACCAGUGCCGAGAUUUAAUAAGUUAGAGUCUGUGCAGGACCUUCAGCCUAGGGUCAAUCCGCAGCCUGCUUUUCGGCGAGCAAAUCCAGAGGGCGGUUUCAUUAGCCCUUUGCAAGCAUUGACCACUCAUUUGCCCUCGACAUAUCGGAUAUGCAACCCAGCUUUCAAAUACGAGUCAUCCAGAAACCCACGAAGAGUCCUUACUAAGCCGAGCAAAGGCGUCAAGAACGACGGGUACGACAACGAAGACAGUGACUAUAUCUUGUUUGUCAAUGAUAUACUUGGCAAUGAAGAGAACGGGCACAGGAAUAGGUAUCUCAUACUUGAUGUUCUUGGCCAAGGUACCUUUGGACAGGUGGUGAAAUGCCAGAACCUGAAAACCCAGGAAGUAGUUGCGGUGAAGGUUGUUAAGAAUAGAACAGCAUACUUCAAUCAAAGCAUGAUGGAGGUCUCAGUGCUGGACUUGCUCAACGGCAAGUUGGAUAAGAAUGACGACCAUCACCUCCUACGACUGAAGGACACCUUUAUUCAUCGGCAGCAUCUGUGUUUAGUCUUUGAGCUGCUCAGCGUGAAUCUUUACGAGUUGAUCAAACAGAACCAAUUCCGCGGAUUGAGCACAACACUAGUGAGGGUGUUUGCACAGCAGCUCUUGAAUGGAUUGGGUCUGCUCAACAAAGCAAGGCUCAUACAUUGUGACCUCAAGCCGGAAAAUAUCCUUCUUAAGAACCUGGAAAGUCCGGUCAUCAAGAUCAUCGAUUUCGGCUCAGCUUGCGAUGAGAGACAGACAGUUUACACUUACAUCCAGUCACGAUUCUACCGGUCACCAGAAGUCCUCCUAGGACUACCGUACUCCUCAGCGAUCGACAUGUGGUCGCUGGGCUGUAUUGUGGUGGAGCUUUUCCUGGGCCUUCCCUUGUUCCCAGGUUCGUCUGAGUACAAUCAGGUAUCUCGGAUAACGGAGAUGCUUGGUCUCGCCCCAACAUGGAUGCUGGAGAUGGGGAAGCAAUCGGGAGAAUUCUUCGAAAAGACUCAUGAUGAUUUUGGGAGACGUACGUACCGGCUCAAGCCAAUGGAGCAGUAUUCUCGAGAGCACGGUUCGAAGGAGCAGCCAAGCAAGAAGUAUUUCCAAGCGACGACCUUGCCAGAGAUCAUACGGAGCUAUGCGAUGCCAAGGAAAAAUAUGAAGCCUGCAGAGAUUGAACGAGAAAUGACUAAUCGCCAUGCUUUCAUCGACUUCGUGCGCGGCUUACUCAACAUAAACCCGCUCGAACGGUGGUCUCCCCAGCAAGCGAAGCUGCAUCCAUUCAUUACGCAGCAAAAGUUCACCGGACCCUUUGUUCCGCCAAUGAAUUUGAAGUCCUCUUCUAUUACGAAAUCACCGGCUCCUGGAGUGCAGCAACAGCAGCAGGCCGAAGCUGUUAGCAAACAGCGAGCUCAAGCGGCUCAGGCACAAGCUCAGGCACAGGCACAGGCCCAAGCACAGGCCCAAGCACAAGCGCAGUCGGCAGCCCAGAACGCGUACGUGGCCAACAUGCAGAUGAGCCAGUACACGCAAAGUCCGCUUGGUCAAGCACCUCCAGCGUACAACAACAUGUACACACCUCAACAAGGAGCACCUCCAGCUUACACUGCGGCCUCAGCUACCUUUGGUCAGCAGAUGGGCAUGAUGCAACAAACACCCAGCCAGAUCGCCCCAGCGCAAUACACUCCUCAACAGAACCUGUAUGCGCAAGCUGCAACCAGAGCAGGUCGGCAACGCGCCUCCACCAUGGACCAACAGCAAGGCGGAAUACCACAAUCGAUCCAAAGGGUGGCGAGCCACCUUGAUCCGAACGCGCCAAUCAGGUUGCAGCCAAGUCCCGCGUAUUAUCCUCCACCGCCAGAUGGAUAUGUCGAUCCAAAUGCCGCGAAUGCCAGGAGGAGGGGGAGCCGUGCAGCGAGCGGCCGGAACAGAAAUUUCAUACAGACUUUAGAAGAUCGGACCAUGGAGGAGGGAUUUGUUAACCAGUCACAAUGGCACUGA